GUCAAUAAAUCCGUAGAAGAAGACAUCGAAGUAAAACGUGUAUCAGCUGAGCUGGCUGAUGUGAAAGAAGAGCUCGUAGUCUGUGACUGUGGAUCCAAACCAACGACUGCUGAGAUGGAGAAUGACAUUCUGGUCUCUCUUGAAGAUUUAGGGUACCAGGGCCCUUUGCUGGAGGAUGGAGCUCUGGAUUCUGCUGCCAACAGAGGAGCAGCCUCACCUGAGUUCACCAAGCUCUGCGCCUGGAUCGUCUCUGAGCUACGACUGUACUGUAAGCUGGAGGAAAAUGUCCACGCCACCAACUGUCCCUCUGAGGCUGAGAGCUUCCAGCUGGAGAUGAGCGGCCUGCUGUCAGAGCUCAGCUGUCCUUACUCUGUCCUCACCAGUGGAGACAUCGCCCAGAGGUUUCUGAGCAAGACCGACUGCCUGCUGCUCCUCACCUUUCUGGUGUCAGAGUUGGAGGCAUCAAGGAUGAUCCUGGUUAAUAAGCCAGAGAAGAAAGCCCAAGAGUCUGGCAGUCCAGUUUUCCUGGAGCUGAAGGGAAUCUGCAUGGCACUGGGUAUGUCCAAACCUCCAUCCAACAUCACCAUGUUCCAGUUCUUCAGUGGAAUCGAAAAGAAGCUCAAAGAAGCCCUAAGUCGAGUCCCACCAAGUCACGUUGGAGAACCUCUGAUGAAGAAACCUCUGGGACCUGUUCACAUGGAAAAAAUUGAAGCCAUAAAUCAAGCACUUGUAAAUGAGUAUGAUGUGAGAAGGAAAAUGUUGUUGAAGCGUCUCGACGUGACGGUGCAGUCUUUUGGUUGGUCUGAUCGAGCAAAGACGCAUUCUGAAAAGUUGGCCAAAGUGUACCAGCCGCUGCGCUCUGCCCUCAUCACCAAAAGUAAAAUAUCUGUCGCCCACCUUCUUGCUGCACGGCAAGACUUCUCCAAGAUUCUUCGCACAAGCAGUGGCAAGAUCAGAGAGAAGACUGCCUGUGCCAUCAAUAAGGUUCUCAUGGGAAGAGUGCCAGAUAGAGGAGGCCGUCCCUGCGAGAUUGAGCCUCCGCCUCCAGAGAUGCCCUCCUGGCAGAAGCGCCAGGAUCCUCCCCAAGGUGGAGGACAGUACGGCGGUGGGCAUGGAGGUGGAAGAGGGGGCUAUGAUCACUACUCCCAAGGUGGCCGUGGAUAUGAGAGAGGAGGUGGAGGAGGACAUGGAGAGAGAGGUGGCAGGGGAAGAGGUGGGAAGGUGCAGGGAGGUUGGGGUGAAGGAGGUGGAGCAGGAAGAGGCGGAUACAAUCAGGGCCACUUUCAAGACGCAGGAGGUUAUCAGGGAGGAGGAGGGAACCACCAAGGAGGCUUCCAGGACCCUGGCUACCAUGGAGGAGGGGGAGUGGGAGGCGGUUACCAUGACAAUUUCCAUCAAGAUGGUGGGAGGCAUCACGAGAGAGGUGGGGGUAGAGGUGGUCGAGGGGGCAGGGGAAGAGGAGGCCGAGGGGGAGGAGGAGGCGGCUGGGGAGGAAGAGGGGGCCAGAAUUUUAACCAAGGUGGGCAGUUUGAACAGUUCUUCCAACACGGCGGGCAAAAUUACAACCAAGCUGGCUUUAACCAAGGCAGACACUACACCAGUUGAAGCCACAGUGUGGGGCACAGCAGCAGAGUCCACUUUAAGAUUGACUGCUUUUCAAUGCCUUACUAGUCAAGCUUACAUUUUCAGCAUGUUUAAAGGUGACGCUCCUGUUCAAUACACACAUAGUUCCUGUCAACUCUAGUACUGCUGGUUUGGGGCUCUCAUUAACAACAGAUGCAGUCCUUCACAUUAGUUUCAUACAGUUACUGUUCCUCUCUCUUUGACUCAAGCAUUGGAGCCUACAGCUCUCUGCUGGAUGCUAAGUCCAGACAUUGGACUCUGCUGUUUUGGCCUCAUCUUGAAGCUAAAUUAGCCUUAUAUUGAACUUUAUUUUUGAAAAGUACAAAAGAUUUGCUAAGAUUUUGGUGUUGGUGUCCACUGUGUACGAAACUGUAAAAAUGCACAUCAUUAUUACACAUAGGGCGCUUAAAAUCCUGAUUAGUUCCACAGAGUUUGAAGUUUACUUGAAGCAGAUUCAUCUUCUUUUUGGUUCUUAUUUUGAUUCAGUAGAUUGGGCUGGAUUCUCCUUUGUUAUUUAUUCUAAAGAAGUCAUUCUGUUGUGCUAAUGGAAGGUUGUGUGCAUAAAAUAUGGAUGUUAGGUUUGCAUGGUUGAGUGAAUGAGCAAUAAAAUCUGAAACGACAA